GAAACCAAUGAGCGGCCCUUUGGUUACAACUUUAAUUUCUCACACCAGAAGUGCAAGAAAAUCAAGAAAAUCACCGAGGGAAAGAAGAUGCCCAGUUUUGCACACAGUUCCGCUCGCUCUUCUACUCUAUAUAUGCACACAACUUGCAUCUCUCUCACCAAUCCAUCCUUGUUUCAUCUAAACCAACAACAUACUUUAAUUCAGACAUCUCCAUGAAUUUCCUCUUCUCUUUCAUUUUCUUGAUCCUUUUCCCUCAUUUUUCAAACUCAGCUCUUCACUCUUCCGGACAAAACAUAAUGCCAAGAGGGUCGGUGCUUAAAUUGACAACUGAUGCUGUUUCUGCUACUUUUGAUCCUACCAGAGUUACCCAACUUUCAUGGCGACCCAGGGCGUUUAUAUACAGAAAUUUUUUGUCGGAUGAGGAGUGUGAUCAUCUUAUUGCUCUGGCAAAAGAUAAGCUCGAAAAGUCCAUGGUUGCUGACAAUGAAUCGGGUAAGAGUAUAGAGAGUGAGGUCCGGACCAGCUCAGGCAUGUUUCUGAACAGAGCACAGGAUGAAGUAGUUGCUGCCAUUGAGGUCAGAAUUGCUGCCUGGACAUUCCUUCCUCCAGAAAAUGGGGAGUCUAUUCAAGUACUGCAUUACGAGCAUGGCCAAAAGUAUGAACCGCAUUUUGAUUAUUUUCAAGACAAGGUCAAUCAAGAAUUGGGUGGCCACAGGGUUGCAACAGUGCUUAUGUAUCUAUCUAAUGUUGACAAAGGUGGAGAAACAGUUUUUCCAAACUCAGAGGAGAAAGACUCUCAGCUGAAGACAGAUGACAUGUCUGAUUGCGCGAAAAAAGGUUAUUCAGUGAAACCAAGGAAGGGAGAUGCUCUGCUCUUCUAUAGUCUUCAUCCUGAUGCAACUACUGAUCCACUGAGCUUGCAUGGGAGCUGCCCUGUGAUUGAGGGUGAAAAGUGGUCUGCAACCAAAUGGAUUCAUGUGAGGUCGUUUGAGAGAGCAGUUAAAAACAAACCAAGUGGAGACUGCUCGGAUGAGAAUGAGAACUGUGCCCAGUGGGCUGCUGCAGGUGAAUGUAAUAACAAUCCUCUUUAUAUGGUUGGUUCCAGGGACAAGCUUGGUUUUUGUAGGAAGAGUUGCAAGGUUUGCUCUUCAUAAGAAUCUUUUACCAAUAUAUAUGUAGCCCAACCUCCUUUUCUUAUUAAUGCAAGCUAGUUCACAAGUACAGAUGUAGGUGCAACUCAAGUAGAAGCAAACACUUUAGAAGUUUAAGGAGGUUUUGUCAUGUCUGCAAGCCUCUUGGGGUAUAUUUAGUUAUAGCUGAUAAAGAAAUAUGUACAUAAUAUAGUGACAAAUUAUAUUUAUAUAAAUUUCGUGUUGGUUA